AUGACGAUGGCGGUCAGGAUCAGCUGUGGUCUGGUUUUGCUUUUUGGGGUGCAGGCGCUGGUCCAGCCACCGGCAAGACCCGAACAGGUGCAGGUAUUGGGAUGCUUCGGUGGCUCAAAGCCCAAUUCAACUCGGUGUCAGGACGGCAAGUGCUUCUACAGAUGCGUCCACCCCGACUUCAACAGCACAGAGCUGGUUUGCAAGGAGCAAGAGACUCUACACAUGGUGGGUGUCAGUGCCAGCGGCAUAAGCUGGGCGUGCCAAGACCUCAUCUCGUGUCCAGUGAAGCCGACCCUCGUCGGAUGCAACUGCACCGCUCAGAAGACUUGCAUUUGGGCCUGUUCUUACUGGGGAGGCUCUAGCUUACACUGCAUCCCAGGCAGCCUCGAAUUUCUUGGGCCUGGACAAAUUCUGCACUGUGCUGAAGGAAACGAUCCCGAGACGUUGGGAGGGAAAGGGAAAGUGACGAACUGGGCCUGCUAG